AUGGAGGAGAUUGUCGACCAAGUUCAGCAGCGCAUCUUUGCAGCUCACGCCAAAGAGUACCAGCGGGACAAGGCUGCAGGCAGGGUGGCGUGGGCGACUCCGAAGAACAUCCUCGCGUUCGGCUACCGUCUCACCACACAGAACAGAGGGGAUCUCACCCGUAGCAGAAGCAACCUCGGACCGUCUUUCACGCAGGUUUUCCCGAACACCGUCGCCGCAUCGCUCGUCACUUCUCCUGAAUGGGCACUACUCGCUUCUCGCCUCGGUCCCGACGCGCUCAUCGACUUGCUCGCCUCCCCGACAACAGCCGUGUUCACUGCUUUGCCGAAUGCCUGCUUGCUGCAGGUCUCCGGCACUCCCGUCGCCGAGCUUCGGCCUCUGGGCGGCGAUGCUACCGCGCAAUCUGCAGCGCGGAGUGGACGGCCCGCUCAUCAGCGGAGGAAGCGGAGACGGCGGCGAAAGUCUGGCCAAACGGCACAGCUUGAGGAACCGUUUGACGACACCGCGCCUGGCUCCCCCAUGUCGAUCGACCCCAUUCAGCACUCUCCCUCUCCCCCGCCGUCUCCUUCGCAACUCCCUCGCAUCGAAGUACCAGCUUCGCCAUCACCAAUGAAACGAGCUCGCCCUCUCGGUUCCUCAUGCUCGGCACCAGAUCUCGGACAGCCCAAUAGCUCAGCCCACACCGUCUCACAACGAUUAUUUGCGCCUACGUCGCCGUCGAAACGCUCGCUCGCCGCCACGCACUCGGCGGGAAGUACGAUCGGCGCUUCCGAGAUGAGCGAGCGGCCUGCCAAGCGGAGGCGGCUCGAGACGCUGUUCUCGGACAAUUCGGUUAUCCUGUCCCGCCAUCGCAUGUACCACAACCGGCUUGCGAAGGUCAAGGGCGGCCGCGUCCCGUAUGGUCUGCCAUCGAAGCACAUCCUGACCCGCCUGCUGACGCUCUUCCCGCCCAAUCCGACCGACCAGCUGGACGACAAGCAGUCCAAGGCGGUGUCGCAAGCACCGGCUCGCCACCUCGCCAAGUACAUCUUCCCGCGCCAGUUCGGCAUGCACAACGCUUUCACGAGCCCGAAGCCUCGGACGAGUCUCGAAGUCAUGCCGGACUACCUUGAUCGUGAACUCGAGAUCAAGAAACUCGGCUCAAGCAAAACUCCCUCUCGGCUCAAGGCCGUUCUUCCGCACCUCGAGCGACUCGCGUUACUCAGCAGGCGCUGCAACUUUCGCAAAGUCCUCGACAAGCGCUGUCCAUCGAAAGUCAACCGCAAGACCCUCAGCCAGGACGAGCGAAGCGCAUUGCUCGAGCUCAUCGGCGAGAUGCGCACCCAAGUCUCGCGCGGCGAAGUCUCGGUCGACAUCUCGCACACCUCGCUCGUCAUCCCGCACGGCCAGACGCAGGCGAAUGAGCAGGCGCGCAGCAAGCCGAAGCUCGCCGAGUUUGCUUGCUCGCUGCACGAGGUGGACCGGUAUGUGCAAGAGGUCGUACGGGAGGUCAUUCCGAAGGCGUUUUGGGGAUCCGAGCAGAACUUCAAGCUGGUCCAGAAGCACAUCUCCUCCUUCCUCGCCUUGCGGCGGUACGAAACGACCUCUCUUCACGCUCUGCUCCAAGGUUUUGCCAUUGUCGACUGCGACUGGCUCGCCCCGGCAACUUCCGCCUCGCGCCACCAGCGACCCACCGCAGCGGACAUGAACAAGCGGCGAGAGCUGCUCGGCGUAUUCUUGUACUGGUUCUUCGAUUCCUUCGUCAUCGACCUCGUCCGAACCGCCUUCUACGUCACCGACGCCGCGACGCAUCAGAACCGCCCGCUCUACUUCCGUCAAGACGACUGGAACGUCCUGUGUGCGCCUCUCCUUGCGCAGCUCGGCAAUUCGGUGUUCGAGAAGGUCCCCAAGGACCAUCUCCUCAAUCUCCAGCGCAAGCGCGAGCUUGGCUACUCGUACGUCCGGCUACUGCCGAAAGAAACGGGAGUGCGACCUAUCGUCAACCUCGCCCGGCGACCGCUCAAGAUCGAGGCGAACGGGCAGAAGACAGUUGGGCAACCGAUCAACAAGAUCCUCCAGAGCGUCUUCGACGUUCUCACGUUCGAGAAGAAACGCAAGCCGUACCUCGUCGGCUCGCUCGUCUCGGACCCUCAGCAGAUCUACGCCAAGAUCCGGACGUACAAGAGCAGGCUUUUGGCGAAGCACGGCGGCAAGCUUCCCAAGUUCUACCUCGUCAAGGUCGAUGUGCGAGCCGCGUACGACACGAUCCAGCAGGACAAGCUGCUGCAGAUCGUAGAGGCUGUCUUGACCGAGACGCUGUACUGGGUCCAGAAGUACUCGCAGGUCACGCCUAUCAACGGCCGCCCCUUCAAAUCUUUCAAGCGGGAAGCGUGCACGGACGGCGAUCUGGGCACUUUCGAGGAGCUGGCAUCGAAGCUUGCGCAGGAGCUGCACAAUGUCGUCCUAUCGGAUCAGGUCACCUACUCCAGCGUCGCCCGCGACCGUCUCAUGCACGUCCUGCACGAGCACAUUACCACCAAUUUGGUCAAGGUCAGCGGACGCCUUUACCGACAGAAGACGGGCAUCCCGCAAGGCUCGAUUCUGUCGAGCUUGUUAUGCGCACUGUUCUACGGCGACAUGGAGAGGCGGAAGCUGGCUUUCGCGGACGACGAAGAUUCUACGCUGCUGCGCUACGUCGACGACUUCCUCUUCAUCUCUACCGAGCGGGAAAGGGCUGUCCGCUUCCUUUCGACCAUGAGCAACGGAAUCCCCGAGUACGGCUGCGCGAUCUCGCCCGACAAGCGCCUCACGAACUUUGACGUCGCGCUGGCCGAUGGAGAAGUCGUUCCUCCGCUACCUGAAGGCGAAGACUUCCCAUGGUGCGGCCUUGCGAUCAACCCCGAGACGCUCGAAGUCAAGGUCAGCACGACUGCCGCGACGGACAAAGACAUGGUCAAUCAGCUGACGAUCCAGCGGCACCGCAAGCCGGGGCAGGCCUUGCUGCACGCCAUCGCCGUCAAGGUCCGCUCGCACGUCAUGUACACCGACACGUCGCACAACUCGCUCGCGACCGUCUACACCAACAUCUACCGCUCGAUGCUCGUCGUUGCGCUCAAGUUUCAAGCGUAUGUGCAGGAGUGGGGGACGGAUCCCAGGCGCAAGACGGGCUUCCUGUACAAGGUCAUCCAGCAGGUUGUCAAUUUUCAGUGGGCGGACAUUGUCAGCAAGUCUCGCUCGCGUAAGGCGCAGGCGCUAAAGGUCGAGCUGGGUCUCAAGCGGUUGUGGAUCGUCUGGCUCGGCUACCACGCCUUCCACCGUGUCCUUUCCCGCCGCCCGUCCGUCUACUCGUCAAUCUUGACGAUGCUGGCUCGUGACGUGCGAGCGAGCGCCUACUCGGCCGCGCGGCUGCACCUGGCCAAGGUUGUUGCGAAGGGCGAGAAUGGAUGGGCGGAUCGCGGCAACGCAGAGCGCAAGGCGCGGCGGAGACUGUAG